UGAGGCCAGUGGGAACACCCAGAGUACGAGUGGCCCAUCAGACACCCCCCACACGCCCUGUGUCCAGAUGAGGGGCCAGGCCCUCAGAUACCGCAGCAUCCACACCCAGCUGAUGGAGAUGGUGCUGACCUUGCGGCAGACUGUGGAGGAUCACAUCACGCGGCUGACGACCAGACCUCAGCGGCAGGACCUGGCGCUGGAGGAGCAGUGGCACGGCCAGGCCAUCAGGGAGCAGGAGGCGCUCCUGGGUCGCUUAUUGUUCCAGAUCGUCAGCUUCCUGCCAGCUGGGGCCCCAGGCGACCAGAGCGCCCAACUGCCUCGCACGUCCACGGACUCCAGGGGUGAUGUCGGAGGUGGGCAGCCGGUCCAAGCAAACAGGCACACUGGCCAGAUGCUCUACCAAGAGAGUGGUUUUGAAAAUACAGUGAUCAGCUAUGACCUGUCCAACCGUGGGAUUGACAUCUCGGCCUUAUACCGCUUGAGAUUCCGGGACUAUGACACCUACCAAGGAAACAAAUACCACAAGGACAAGAACACCUUGGGCUACAUCAACCUUGGUACCAGUGAGAACAAGCUCUGUACUGAUCUUCUGGCUGAGAGGUUGAGUCAGAGUGACAUGACCUACAUUGAUGAAGACCUACUGCAGUACGCUGAUUGGAGAGGGCAACCAUUCCUGCGGAAAGAAGUGGCCCGGUUCCUGACCUUCUACUGUAAGACACCUGAGCCCCUUGACCCAGAAAAUGUGGUCAUUCUAAACGGCUGCUCCGCUGUCUGCUCUGCUCUGGCCAUGGUUCUGUGUGAUCCAGGUGAGGCCUUUCUAGUCCCCACCCCCUCCCAUGGGGGCUUCGCCUUUAGUACCCACCUGUAUGCAAAAGUCAAGCUGGUUCCUGUCCACCUGGAGAGUCAGGUCACUGAGGCAAACGACUAUCCUUUCCAGCUCACUGUGGAUAAGCUGGAGCAAGCCCUACUCAGGGCUAGGAUUGAGGGGAAAAAGGUCAGAGGUCUUGUGCUAAUCAACCCUCAGAAUCCUCUGGGAGACGUCUACUCCCAAGACUCCAUGAUGGAAUAUCUGGAAUUCGCCAAGAAGUACAACCUCCACGUGAUUGUAGAUGAGAUGUACAUGCUCUCGGUGUUUGAUGAAGCCAUCACAUUCCGCAGUGUUCUGAGCAUGAAGAGUUUGCCUGACCCCAACAAGACCCACGUGAUCUGGGGCGUCAGUAAGGAUUUCUGCAUCUCUGGCUUCCGCUUUGGUGCCCUGUACACCCACAACAGGGAGGUGGCCUCUGCCAUGAGCUGCUUCGGCUACCUCCACAGCAUCUCUGGCAUCACCCAGUACAAGCUGCGUCAGCUGCUUCAGGACAGAGAAUGGAUUGACAAUAUAUACCUGCCCAGUUAUCACUUCCGGCUGCAGGAGGCUCACAAGUAUGUCACUCACAAGCUAAAGGCAUUGAAGGUCCCUUUUCUCAAUCGUGGCUCCGGCCUCUAUGUCUGGAUCAACUUGAAACAGUACCUGGACCCGUGCACGUUUGACAAAGAGCUGCUCCUCCAUCGCCGCUUCCUGGACCACAGGCUGAUCUUGUCCCCGGGCAAGACCUUCAUGUGUAAGGAGCCUGGCUGGUUCCGCCUCGUCUUUGCAGCCAGGCCCCACCUGCUAAGAAGCGCCAUGCGUCGGUUCCAGCAGGUGCUAGCAGAGCAGGCGCAGGAGUGCAGAGUGAAGCAGCUGGAGGAUGCAAUCAAGGAGGAAGUGUCUGCCUCCCAGCCAGAGGCUCCAGCCAGUCCCGCUCUCAGGAAGUCCUGAUGUCAGCCUCGGAUCUGGAAGGCUGGCCGCUGGCCUGGAGCUGUGACCAAACAGUGGGCUCCUCCGGGCAUGAGUGCGUUUGACCCACCAUCAAUCAGCCCGCUUAAGCAUCUGUCAUUUUGGAAGCUUUACAUCUUCUUAGUCUCUAGGAGCCAUUGUGUAUGUGCAAAA